AUGACGGAUGCUCAGAUGGCCGAUUUUGGGGCGGCAGCCCAAUAUCUCCGCAAGUCAGAGAAGGAGCGUCUGGAGGCCCAGACCCGGCCCUUCGACAUCCGCACUGAGUGCUUCGUGCCCGAUGACAAGGAGGAGUUUGUGAAGGCCAAGAUCUUGUCCCGGGAAGGGGGCAAGGUCACUGCUGAAACAGAGAAUGGCAAGACGGUGACCGUGAAGGAGGACCAGGUGUUGCAGCAGAACCCACCCAAGUUCGACAAGAUCGAGGACAUGGCCAUGCUGACCUUCCUGCACGAGCCCGCCGUACUCUUCAACCUCAAGGAGCGCUACGCCGCCUGGAUGAUCUACACCUACUCGGGCCUCUUCUGCGUCACCGUCAAUCCCUACAAGUGGCUGCCGGUGUACAACGCAGAGGUGGUGGCCGCCUACCGGGGCAAGAAGAGGAGCGAGGCGCCGCCCCACAUCUUCUCCAUCUCUGACAACGCCUAUCAGUAUAUGCUGACAGAUCGGGAGAACCAGUCCAUCCUCAUCACUGGAGAAUCUGGUGCAGGGAAGACUGUGAACACAAAACGUGUCAUCCAGUACUUUGCCAGCAUCGCGGCCAUAGGUGACCGUGGCAAGAAGGACAAUGCCAGUACAAACAAGGGCACGCUGGAGGACCAGAUCAUCCAGGCCAACCCCGCCCUGGAGGCCUUUGGCAACGCCAAGACCGUGCGGAACGACAACUCCUCCCGCUUCGGGAAAUUCAUCAGGAUCCACUUUGGAGCCACUGGAAAGUUGGCUUCUGCAGACAUAGAGACCUAUCUCCUGGAGAAGUCCCGGGUGAUCUUCCAGCUGAAGGCUGAGAGGAACUACCACAUCUUCUACCAGAUCCUGUCCAACAAGAAGCCAGAGCUGCUGGACAUGUUGCUGGUCACCAACAACCCCUACGACUACGCCUUCGUGUCUCAGGGAGAGGUGUCUGUGGCCUCCAUCGAUGACUCCGAGGAGCUCAUGGCCACAGAUAGCGCCUUUGACGUGUUGGGCUUCACUCCCGAGGAGAAAGCUGGAGUCUACAAGCUAACAGGCGCCAUCAUGCACUACGGGAACAUGAAGUUCAAGCAGAAGCAGCGGGAGGAGCAGGCCGAGCCAGAUGGCACCGAAGAUGCCGACAAGUCCGCCUACCUCAUGGGGCUGAACUCAGCUGACCUGCUCAAGGGGCUGUGCCACCCUCGGGUGAAAGUGGGCAACGAAUAUGUCACCAAGGGGCAGAGCGUACAGCAGGUGUACUACUCCAUCGGGGCACUGGCCAAGGCAGUGUACGAGAAGAUGUUCAACUGG